GGCACCACCAGAUAAAACUUUUCAUACUUUUCAUACUUUUCAUACUCCUCAAACUUUUUACACAUCUUUCAUCUCAUAUCAAAACCACCAUGACGGAUACAAAAGAUACAAAGCCAGAAGCUCCAUGGUGGAAAGCAUUCCCUGAAGCCAGAGCAAAAUGCCCAGAGCUCACUGCGGAUGAUGUGAUGAAGCUGUUUGAUGAUAUGGACAUCACAUCUGAGCCGAGAUCUUUCUUGUUGGUGGAUGUUAGGAGAGAUGAUUGGGUGGGCGGAACCAUCAAAACUUCGCUCAAUCUUCCCGCUCAGAGUUUCUAUCAAACUCGCAAGUCGCUGUAUGAGCUCUGUAAUAGAGCGGGUAUGACCAAGAUCAUCUUCUAUUGUGGAUCAUCGACUGGGAGGGGACCAAGAUGUGCAGGCUGGAUGCAGGAUUAUAUUGAUGAUAUAGCCAAGUUUGGGAAAAAGAGUAAUAUUGAGAUUGCAGUCCUGAAGGGUGGUAUUAAGGGGUGGGUAAAAGAGUUCGAAGGGAUGCUUAUGGAUGGGUUUGAGGAGGGAAAGUGGGAGGAGAUCAAGUAAGAGACAUAGAUGUUGUUUUGAGUCGCAUUUCACAUAGUAGUAACCCCAAGUCAAUGAAAUGCA